CUUCGCCAUAUAUACAUUUCAUGGUAUUUUUUUCAUGAAACUUCACACGGAAAUAGAUUGGUCACCCAAGUUUGAUAUCCCAAGAUUUCACGUUUUUCUGAAUUUUCCUGGUAUUUUUUAACUUAAUAUUUAUAUAGGGGUGGAGCACCCAAGGGCUCAUGUGUAUUUCCCAUUAUUUAUGCUACUAUCCUAUUGUUUCAACAGUAUUAUUUGUGUACUGGAUAAUUUGUUUAGAAUGUUCCUGUUGUGAUGUGUAUGCUCCCAAACUCGGUGGUUAUCAACUGCUGACUGGUGAGAGAUUACGUGGACGGCGACAGAGCGGUUGCCCAUGAUCGAUCUGCAUGGAGGCAUGCAUGCGACACGUGGACCCCUCCUUCCACGUGUACCUCGUCAUCCUCGAGCAGCUGGACAUGGCUACUGCAUGCGCCCUCGAACCUUCGCCUAGUUCGCUCCAUUCCCUACGUAGUACGGUGCUAGGCUCCUGGUGUACACCUGUUAACCUGCAGCUCAUCCCCGAUGGAUCCAGGACCCCACCACCCGUCCACGUACAACCACCACCACCACUACCCCUUCUUGCCGGCCGCCGGACCGCCCACCGCUGCCGGCGACACCCUUCUCUUCCUCCUCGCCGUACCGGCAGGCUGGCUCAUCCGGCUGGUUGCCUUCCUCGGCGAGCGCGUCAUCUCCGCGGUCCUCACCCUCGUGGUCCUCCCCGGCGCGACGCUCGUGGGCGAGCUGCGCGCCGUCCCUGCGGCUGCGGCCUCCCUCGCCCGGCGCGCCGCCGUGGGCGUGCUCGCCGCGGCCUUCACCUUCGCGGCCCUGGCGGUCGCGUUAGUCGCGUCCCUGCUGCUCGGCUUCGUCCUUAUCCGGCACUGGGUGGAGGACCCGGUCACCGUGCGCCAGCCGCUCUACUUCGACUACACCGAGCCGCAGCCGAGCGCCGCCGUGGCCCUCUGCCCCCCGGCGGGACACUCCGUCAGGGUGUCCAUAUCGCUGCUGCUGCCCGACUCCGACCACAACCGUCAGAUUGGCGUGUUCCAGAUUAAAACAGAGGCCAUCACCCCAAGUGGAAGCACCAUCGCAUCAGCCACCCAGCCAUACAUGCUGCGGUACAAGAGCGCUCCGGUGCGGCUAGCACAGUCCGCGCUGACAAUCGUGCCGCUCGCCUUGGGCAUGCGCAGCGAGAGCCAGUCGGCGACGCUGAAGCUCCUGCAGUACUGGGAAGGCCACGGCCGUCACAAGAGGACACGGCUCAUCAGAGUCUCUCUGCAGCCAAGAGCCAUGACAGUGCACCUGCCCCAGGUGUACAGAGCAGAGAUCACCGUGCAAACGGCGCUUCCAUGGUUCAAGGCCGUGGCGCGCAGCUUGAAAUGGACAAUGUGUGUGUGGCUCUCUUUCUGGGUCUAUGUCAUUCUCUCCCUGCUCGCGGUUCGUUGGGUCUGGCCACUCGCGCUAUCUGCAUGGGACAGUCACAGGGGGUUAUCUGAUCAUCAAGUCAAUGGGAAGACAAUUGCUGCUAAUCUGGGUGGAGGAGAUACAGGCCAGAGCUCACAUGAGGGAUCAUCGAGUGGUGGUGCUGUGAAGUGGAGGGACAGGAGAGGCAGGAGGAAAGCACAGAAAACGAGGCAUGGUGGCAUGGUUGAGCUCAAGCUCGAUGAGGGCUCGUCUUCUAGCUCUGCAGUGGCUGAGACUGAUGAAGUUGUCGACGACGAUCAUGGGGAGUCACCUGCUGCUCCAUUGUCUGAGUCCGAGUCCUGUUAGUUCAGUCAGUGCAGUGGGCUGCAAAGUUUAUGCUGACCAUCGAUCACAGUUUGUUACACGCCAUGUGUAGGAGAUCUGAAGGGCUUCCGUGCAGAACGACAUAUAAUAACGCAAAUAAAUGGCAAAGAUAUAUAUAUGUAUUAAUCGAUAAGCUACAGGGAGUCACGUAAUUUGCGUUCCUUAUUCAUGUUGGUACCACGCUUUUAGUGUUUGGUUGACAUGAACUGUCUAUGGUCUCCUUUGGUCACAGAUGUUGGAUAGAUGAGGAUGGAGUAGUAGCUUGUUCCCGUUUCAGACUUUCAGGUCAGCCUCUCAGCAAUUAUAUGUCUUUGUACACUUUCUAGUCAUGGAGAUUAUAACCACUUGCUUUCCUGUGAUACCUGUUUUACUGCUAAUUGUAUUGUGUUUUCUUUUGUUUGGAUUCAUAUCUAGUUGAAUCACUUAAAUACAGAAGCAUUUUAUGUGAAUUAUUUUUCAGCCGUAUGACUUAGGAGAUGAAAAUGGGAAAUAUAAAGUUUGUAACUCAGAUAAUGUACAGUUAGAUGGUUGAAAAUCCAACUUCGCUUGCUUAGCUACAUGAAUUUUGCCGGUUUAUGGGAUCAUGUAACUUUGAUGUUAAAAAUUGUCCUUUGAGUAUUUUAAUCAUCAUCAACUUCCUUCAGAGAGGAGUUAUAUAAAGAUGACAGGGACAAUUUCAGAAACAGCGAGCCAUAUCAUUUUUGCGGUAUACAGAUAAACAUUUUAUACCUUUGAGGAUCCAUUUGUUGGUUGUCUAGAGACUGGAAAUUAAAUUCGUAGCAGUGAAGUUCCCAUCGUCAUCAUUUAUAGCGGUGGACCAUGUAGCACAUGCUGUCAUAGUACACAUAAGCAUAUACCUACCAUGUCAUUUUCUUCGCCAACUAAUCAUAUACGAGUAUAUUUUUAGCCAACUCUUCUGCAGCAGGCAUCAUGGCUUACCGAUGCAUGCUCAAGUCCUGAUUUUGCAUGACAAGGAAAUCGUGUAUGUGCUAGUAUAUGGAAAGAGCCAGAUUGAGGUGGUCCGCUCAUAAUGUCUUACUAUGCACAAAGUGCUCAUGCAUGUGAUGGUCUUAGCUCCAUGUUUUCUUGUGAUAGGGUCAGUCACUUCAGAAAUAAAUGUGUGCGUUUGAGGUCCUAUUUGCGUACAAGGUUCUAAUUGUAUUGCAAGUGCACAAAACUGUUGAAGCUGGGGGCAACUAAGUUGAGGUCCUUAUAAAUCUGUGGGUUUCACAGGAGGAUGUCUAAUGAUCAAAUCGUUCGCAUGAGCAGCGCAUAUCUUUUAAUUUGCUGGGCAGUGUUGAUCGCCAGAAAAUGACAUGUCUGUACGUACUCCAGCGGUGAUAAUGAGUCGCUUGCAGACUAAUGAGACUGCGAAAGAUUCUUCAGUUUCUGGGUGUUCCAUGCCAAACAAGAGCCAAGUAGGCUGAUGUUGGAACAGAAGUCCUGAUAUUGAUACAAACCUUAUUCUCUUGAGCAGGUGCAACUUAGAUAUAGCUUCUAGGAGUAUUCCAACACCCAACCACAUCAUGGAAGGAAGAGGACAAGUGAGCAACCUGCCCUCCUCCUUCCUGAUGCAUGCAUGCUUACCUUGUGCAACUGCCUUGCUUCUGCCGGCUAGCGUAAUAAUAUACAUAUACAUAUCCUCUCCCCAGUUGCAUAAUGUUAUCUUCUUGUCCAUCAGUUUCCUAGUGGGUCUGAAACCGAAAGGCCUCAUUUGUCAACUUGUGCCUGCUGCAUUUUGAAAACCUUUCGUUCCUGGCUUGCUCUGGUUUAACGAAGAUUAAGAGACAUUCAUUGCCCACUGCAAAAACUUCAUCUAUCUAUCUAUCUAUCUGUCUGUUUUAUUUCUGAAAAAAUAAUGAUUUUGCUGCUCUAAACAUAAAGGAAUGCACUCGUGUCAAUCCCCUCUUAAUCAGAGUUGUACUUGGGCUGCACAAUAUUAUUUGCAUCUCCCUGUGGUGUCUGUACAUUCAUCUUUGUGCCAAGUGGAUUAAUGUAUGCCGAUUUCUCUUGUGAAGCCCACAUCAUUUGAUCAUCAUCUACCAUCUGAUAAGUUAGCUGAUCUGCCGUACCAGCAUUUGACAGUGCUCUAGGAUC